AAUCUAGUAAGCCAAUAUGGUCCAAGAAUUGAAGAAGAUUAUUUAGAUCCUGGUGAAGAAUCCAGCCAUAGUAAUCACAGAAAUAGGCGUAAAAAUACUAAUAAUGAAAAUAUAGAAGCUGUUGAUGAAUUAAUAUUACCAAAUUCCAUUUGUGAUCCUAUUAAUGAUGAGGAAUUCUGGAAAACAGGCGUCAUUGAUCAAGCACAUCGAAAUCAUGAUUUAGAGCAAAUAAAACAAUUAUAUCACUCUAGUGGCGAAAAUAAUAUAAAUGGUAAUGAAUUAAGUUUUGAAAGAACAAUGAAUUUAUGGAACCAAAUGUUAAGAAACGAAAUAUUAGAUGAUGAAUCUGAUUUAGAGGAUGAAAGUAAUGAAAUGGAGAAUUUUGAUAUUGAUAAUUAUCUUUCUGAGUAUAAACAUCCUCAACGAGAUUCUACAGCAAAAUGGAAGCUAGAAAAUUUAUUUAGUGUAGAAUUAGAAGUGCCCGAAUAU